UGUGUUUUGAGCCAUUACAACCUCGGAGAAACUGAAAUUGCAUUCAACAAGAAAAUUGUUAUUUUGAAAUGACAAACCAUGUUCUUUCCAUUGUGACAAGGUGAUGAGAUACUCAUUCUUGAAAAACUUCCAUUUAGUCCAAAGAAAGUUGGCUAAGCCAUUUGCAAUUAUUGAAACCCCCAAAGUCCACUACCAUACUCUCUCCAAACCACAAAGACCCAACCAAGUCCUUAGAAAGUAUCUAAACUCCAAUUCAACCACCAAGGCUCUGUUACUCUUUAGAGACUUAUUGAGAAAAAACACUUCUUCAAUUGAUAGCUUCUCUCUAUUGUUUGUCAUUAAAGCUUGCACCCAAAAGUCCUUACCCAUUGAAGGGAAACAAAUCCAUGCCCUUGUCAUAAACCUUGGCUUUGAACCCAUCAUUCAUCUCCAAACCUCACUCAUUGACUUGUAUUCUGGUGUGGGAGAUAUUAGCAAUGCACACCAUGUGUUUGAUGAAAUACCCAUUAAAAAUGUUGUCUGUUGGACUGCUUUGAUAUCUGGGUAUGUUGAUAACCAGAAACCCAACAAAGCUCUUCAACUGUUUAGGAAAAUGCAGAUGGGUAAUGUAGAGCCUGAUGGAGUUACGUUGACUGUUGCUCUCUCUGCUUGUGUCGAUGUUGGAGCUUUGGAUAUGGGAGAAUGGAUUCAUGCUUACAUUCGUAGAAAAAAAGAACUCGACAUUGACUUGAGCCUAAACAAUGCUCUCAUAAACAUGUAUGCAAAAUGCGGGGACAUUGAAAUUGCUAGGAGGUUGUUUGAUAGCGCGAGGAAAAAAGAUGUCACAACUUGGACAUCCAUGAUUGUGGGGCAUGCAUUGCACGGGGAAGCUGAGGAAGCACUAAGACUUUUUGCAUCCAUGAAAAAGGAAAAUAGAAGUGGGAAAAAGAAUAAUUGUGAUCCCGGGAAUGGUUUAAUCCUCCCAAACGACGUUACUUUCAUUGGAGUUCUAAUGGCUUGCAGCCACGGAGGGAUGGUGGAAGAAGGGAAGAGGCAUUUCCAAAGCAUGAUUGAGGAUUAUGGUUUAAAACCUAGGCUUUCUCACUUUGGUUGUAUGGUAGAUCUUUUAUGCAGAGCUGGGCAAUUAAAAGAAGCUUAUGAGUUUAUUCUAGGUAUGCAUGUCAAGCCAAAUGCAGUGGUGUGGCGGACUUUGCUAGGUGCUUGCGGUGUUUGGGGCAACAUUGAUUUGGCUGCAAAGGCUCGUGCACGACUACUUGAAUUGGAGGCUAGUCAUAUUGGUGACAAUGUCAUUUUGUCUAAUAUCUAUGCUGCCAAAGGUAUGUGGGAUGAGAAGAUAAUUGUUAGAGCUAUGACGAUGCAACGUAGGGCUCCCGGUUGCAGUUCAAUAGAAGUUGGAGGUGAAAUUAAUGAGUUUGUCACUGCUGAUGAUGAGCAUUAUAUGAAAACAGAAAUUUAUGAGGUUCUUGAAUACUUGAUUAAAACAAUGAGAGAUCAUGGUUAUGCUCCUGGGCUGUCAAGCCUAGCAGAGUACUAUGUAUGGAAAAGUGUUGGUGACAAUUGAAAGUCAAUGCCAGUUGGUUGGUUCUAUAUCUCUAUCAAAUUUAUCAUUAAAUAAUCAAUUGAAUUUUUU